UCUGGCAACUUUAAGCAUUUCUAGUAUUAAGAUAAAGCUCAUCAUGUCAACCUUUGUGACCAUGAGAGCGCUUGCUUUGCUCUGCUUCAUUUUAAGGUCUAAAAAGUUCAUGUUGAUGCCUCCUAGAAGAUGCUUGCUGUUGAUGUUUUCCUCUUUAAGACACCAGAGGAAGUGUGCAGUUUAAAAAAAAAAAAAAAAAACAGCCCCGCAGCACACGUACGUGGCAAGACAGGAAAUAACCUCAAUGUUGGAAAGUUCUGCUCAAAGCGAUGAGGACGAUGAAGAAGAUGGCCUCGCUGCUGAACAUCUGUGUGUUUCUGCUCUGCUGCUCCGCCGCCGUCGCCUCCCAAGGUUGUGACCAGUUUGUUGCAGUGGGUGGAAACUUCAAUGUUCCUCUGGGAUACCAACUAAAACCUGCUGAUUCUCUGAAGUGGAGAUUUAAUGGCAUCAUAAUAUUUCAUAAAAGACCAGUAACAUUAAUUCUAGGUAAAAAUGAUGAUAUUAAUGAUGAUGGGUCCCUCAAACUAACAAAUCUGAAGAAGAACCAAGCAGGACUUUACACCGCUGAGGUUCAUGGUAAAAACGGAAUGCAACAGGACACAAAGAGCACAAAUUUAUGUACACUGGACCCCGUGAAGAAGCCCACAGUAAAUAUAACCUGUCUGGCCUCAGAGGUCGUCUUUACCUGCAGUCAUGAUCCGCAACCUGAUGGUACAAAACAAUAUGACACCAUAUAUUACAAAUGGUUCUAUGAUGACAAAAUGAUCAGCAAUGGGACAGAAACCUCCAUGACAAGAAAAGCUGCAGAAACUGAAAACCUGCUCGUUUCCUGUGAAGUUGGCAACAAAGUCAGUUCUGCAAGAAGUGACUCUUUGACUCACACCUGCGAUGAACCCUUGAAAAAGCCUGAAAUACAAGGAACAUGCAAAGACUCAGAGGUCAUCAUUACCUGCCAUGCACCUCCGCUGCCUGAUAAUGUUCAGUUCAAGUGGUUCCAGGAUGGCGAAGUCAUCGUCAACGAAACAGAAAAGUCUCUGACAAUAAACUCUGCAGAAAGCAAAAACAAGAAUUUCUCCUGUGAAGUUUACAACCAGGCCAGUUCUAAAAAAAGUGACUCUUUUAGUCAUAGCUGUGUUGGCUCUACUUUUCUUGACCUCCCAGAUGAGCUCUUUGGAGUUAGCAUCUGGGUUUAUAUUGGUGGUGGAGCAGGUCUUUUAGUUCUGAUCAUCAUCCUCAUCAUUCUGUGUUGUGUUCAAUGUAAGAAGAAAAGAAGGAAGUACGAUGAGGCGGAGCUUGAGUACCGAGCAGGAAAUUCUUCAUCACCAGAGUAUUGCACUCACUGAUCAUCCUCCUCUCCAUCACCACCAUCAUCACCUGCAGAGCCUCUGAAGCUGCAGCUCUUUACAAACAUUUCCCUGAUAUUUUAUGGAGUUACUUUUUAAUCUGUAUGAUUAAUCUGUGAAGACCCCACCUUCUAUAGCAGUGGCAUUUGUAGCUUGUUCUGCUAAUGAACAGACAGAAGUCUUCUUUAUGUUUUAACUCAAAACAUUUUUGGAUUUUCUGUUUCUCUUUUAGCUGCAAACUUUGAUAAUCAAACUAAUAAUCACUUUUGUGUGUAUAACCCGCCAUGUAAAAUAUUCCGUUUUUAUUUUUAAUUAUUCAAACUAGUUUCA